GACCUCGUCAAACAAUGCAGCGCUUUGUGUAGUCUUCGUCAAUGGUGGAUACUACCUUCAUUUUAAAAAGAACUCAGCUCGCCCAUGAUUCCUCACAACCAUAUCUCACCAACAAACCCUCAAAUUAAAUGCAUUCAGCCGUCCAGUUCAGAUGCUAUUCAUCAGAAACUAUGAAUAUUUCUGCUGGUGCUAACAACUGUUCUGGUCUUGACAUUAUUAUGGGAAGGGGAAGAAAAGAAGAGUACAAAAUAUUGAGGACAUGCAGCACAGUAAAGACAACGCUUGGUUUGGCCGAGUGGGUGAUUUUAGAAAAAGAAAACAGGAUGCUCGGACAGACGAAACAUGCAUGCUUUUCUGUCAGAUUAUAUGCAAAUCUGAACGACACCCUGUAAGAAUUAGAGAAACGGCAAAGGAAUACCAUGUUGCUCAUGCUGCUGCUGCUGCUGCUUUUAGAAAAAGUAUUGGAGGUUCGACAUGAGCAGCAGCUGCUGCUGCUUUUAAAAAAAGUAUUGGAGCUUUGACCACCUUGUUUAACAAUUAGGUUUCACCUCGCACGUUGUCGAUCACGUCCUCAUGGGCCUCGCAGACGAUGUUCAUGUCUACACCCAUUAUUGAAUAUUACUCGGUGCCAACUACGCGCGCACCAUCUGCAGGAAGAAAGCGACUCCCACUCCAAUAAUUAAAAUCUAUCCACAAGACUCUCUUUAUGAAGAAAAAAGACAGAUUAAAAAAAGAAAAAGAAAGGAGAAACUCGAUCGAGAGUACUGACGAGCUGCCAGCAAGAGUACUAGCUAGUUGGAUUUGGAAAGGUCAUGGAUUGAAUUUUUAUUUAAUUUUAUCUACUGACUUAGAAAAUUAUGGGUUUUUUGAUUAAGUGGGCCAUGGUCAAAUUUGGGCACCAAAAGGGUGGGUUUUUUUUUUUCUUCCCAAUCUUAUGCACUAGCUAGCUAUGAUAUCGGGUACGUGGCGCCAAUGGUGGCCUCCUCUUUGUUUUUUGUUAUUAUUAAACUCAACAUCCUUGUCCUUAAUUAACUUCUACUACUACAGCCCCGUUUUAAGGGCGAGCGACAAAGAACGAACACAAAAGGCAGUGGAACAUAUAUCGCACGAUUGUUUAUGUCAUGGUUAUGACUCGAUACCUUCAUGAUGCAAGCAUGUCGUGCGCGCCCGAUCGAUUUCUUUCUAUAUCGCGCGUUUUCGCACAAUUUACCUGAAAUAAACGGACCUUCUCGAUCUCUGGGACGGAGACGAGGGGCUGAACUGCUAGAUAUGAUGCCUCAGCUUCAUAGAACUGGAAUAAACACAUCUACACUCGAUGAAACCGCCGACGGCUAUGGAGUGAACCCAUUUCCAAUCGGGCAGUGCCUAUCACCUCUACCUGGAGAGUCUCCUACUGCCCAUACUAAGCUGAAAAGAAAAGCUCCUAAAACUCCCAAGGAUCCUGAAAAGAAAAGAGCGACUGACAGGGCAUAUCGGCGACGAUGCAGGGAAAAUAAAAAGAAAACUGAGCAAGAAUUGUUUGUGCUCACUGAAGAAAAUAAGAAAUUAGAUAGAGAGAAUGACUACUUCAAAAGGGAAGAAGUUAAGGUGCAAGAGAUGGUGCAAUCUCAGAAAGACGAAAUGACACUGCUACAGAAUAAACUUCGCCAACAGAAGGCCCAGAGUCAGAGGCAAAAUGUAGUCGUGGAUGUGCUUUCGAAGCAAGUAGCUAGUAUCGAAGAUAAUAUGGAUCCUCAGCGCGAAAAUAAACGGCUGAAAUUAGAAAUGGAUUUGCUGAUUAAGGAGAUUAACAACGAUGACUAUUUAAACCUCAUUCAACUUCGAGCAAAAAACAUAAAACUAGAACAAGAGAAGAAUGUUCUCCAAUUGAUUAUUGAUGCCUUAUGUGCAAAGAUAAACAAGGAUAAUGACCUCGACUUAUUCUAAAAAAAAAGGAUAAUGACCUCGAACCAAAGCAAGCAUCCUAAUUAAGUGGUGGAACCAGCAAGAAUGAUCCGUAUAGGGCAUGGGAUAUUUCCUUGGGGUAUUUCAUGGCAGGAUUUGCAGCUGGAUUGGCUAUGGAAUUUGGGAAUCAGAUGUUUGCAUCUUAAAGUAGCUUCCCAAGUGGUUAAACAUGUUUUGGAAGAUGAUCAAGGACAGGGCAGGCCUUUAUGCUAUUUUUUCAAGAUAGGUAUAAAUCUUCCACGCAGAGACUGGAGGGCAGAAAUCUCUCCAGUGUAAGGGGAGUCUAGCUCAUGUGCUGAUAGACUUGUGAAUUAAUCUUGAUGUAAAUCUUGAUAUAUAUAUAUAUAAGACUUAACUUUUUGGUGGAGUCUCUCGUGAAGGACCAAUCUGGUUUCCACUUUGUAAGGAAUUUUAAUUACAAGAACUGAUGUUCUCAAGCCUUACAGUGCAUCUGUAACUAUUUUUAAUGUUGCUCUUGAAAUAUUUUUUAUAAUAGAUUGAGAAAGCCGGAGGAUUCGGAGAAAUAAA